CGUUUCGAUUUGUUUUCUUUCGACGAGUAGCGCAGGCAUAAACGUAUUUUAAUUAAAUAUAUAAAAUAUAUAUAUCGAGUGGUGGGCGGAACAAGGCAAAAACAAAGUUUAUUAUUUAACUUUAGCGAGUGGUCUUGUUCUCGGAGGAAAAGUGGUUCGGAAAAUUGCAGGAAAGAACUGGGCAAAGUGCCGUUUAAACAGUGUUGGUGGGAGUGAACGGAGGCAGAGAAAAGAAUAAUAGAGAAAAUUAUAAGCGCAAGGUUAGCCAUGUCGACGGUGGAAUCUUCCAGUUCGGCGGUGCAACAGCCGCCUUCCUCGACGCUUCCGCUUCUGGGCGACUCCGUGAUGCAGGCCUCCACUUCCAGCGCCAGUUCCUCCUCGUCCUCGUCCGCCUCCUCGCAGGGCGGUGGGCAGGGCGGUAACCCUGUGGGCGUGCCACUGGAUACCCAGAGCAGCGGCGAGCCGCCCUCAAAGAAGCAGUUGCUCGACGGGGCAUCGAGCAGCUCCGGGGGAGGUGGCAGCGGCGGGGGUGGCGCCUCCUCGCUGUCGAGCGCCGCCGCCGCAGCUGGAACGCACGAGAAGCUGGCCUACCGCAUCUCCACAGCCCUUUGCUGCGCCGUCUGCCUGGAUCUGCCCAAGACGGCCAUGUACCAGUGCCAGAUGGGACACCUGAUGUGCGCCGCCUGCUUUACCCACCUUUUGGCGGAUGGACGCCUACGCGAUCAGAUUGCCACUUGUCCCAACUGUCGCGUGGAGAUAUCAAAGAGCACAGCUUCACGCAACCUGGCCGUGGAGAAGGCUGCAUCCGAAUUGCCUAGCGAGUGUCAGUUUUGCAACAAAGAAUUUCCAUACAAGUCACUCGAACGCCAUGAACAACACGAGUGCCAGGAGCGACCCACAAAAUGCAAAUACCAUCGCAUCGGUUGCCAAUGGCGGGGACCCUUCCAUGAGACUACCGAACACGAGAGGAACUGCUUGCAUCCACAGAAGUCUGGCCACGAGGUCAUGUUUGCCCUGGAGGCACACGAUGUCAUGAUCAAAGAGGAGAAAAAAAUGUUCAACACCCUGAUUGACUUGCUGAGCUACGAGAAGAUUAUAUUCAAUGAUCUUCAGAUGAAACCAUACCGAACAGACGAGUACGUUCAUAAAUUAUUUUAUGAGACGGCCCGCUUCUCGGCCUUCAACCAGCAAUGGGUGGUGAAGGCGCGCAUUAACAACAGCCAGCGCGAUCCGCAUCAAUCGAACGAUCGGACCAUCACCUACCAGCUAAUCCUGAAGACCAAGACCAGCACGCCCAUGAGCAUACACUUUUUUGCGCUCAAGGGACCGUUUUCGGAUAUGAAAGUUUCGACUCAGAUAUAUCAGCAUUACUUCACCGAGACGAGUACCGAAAGUGAUUACUAUGUCCUGCCGCUGCCAGAUGGCAUCGGCGGCACUGGCUCAAGUGAAUGCAACCGUAUGCUGGCCAACAAAGGCAUUAACUUCCGCCUGCUCAUGUUUUUGCUAAACAAGUAAACACACGCGUAUAAAGAUUUUCAAAUUUAGCUUAAGUUUGUUGUUUCAAACUCUUGAAUGUGCAAAAACCGAAAAAAAAAACAAAAAUCGACCUAGAGUUAGUUGAUAUAUUUUCUAUGAAUGUAUAUGUAUAAUUUCGCGCCCGUCAGAAUACAUUUUCAAUCGCGAUUACCCAGACAUAACGCGGUAGGUUGUAACCCAAGCUUAGAGACGACUAAUGUGUAGGAUUCACCCACAUUUUGUACAUGAUUAUGAUGAUAUCUAUAAAGCCAUUGUAUUUGGGACUCUUUUUCAAUAGCUAUGUUAAUUUUUGCUGUUCGUGAAGUUGAAAUGAAUCGCAGACAAGACAGCCGAUGUGUGUUUGACUAAAGUUUUAAAAUGAUCUCACAAGUAAGGAGCCAACCACACCCAGCUAAUCCCGAUAAUACCAAUAACCAAUAAAAUAGCUGUAGAUUAACACUACGGACGCAUAGAGAUCCUUCGAGUUCACAAGCUCCGUAUUUUCACUGUAAGAAGAACAACACCAAGUUGACGACAUUCGAAACUAUAAACCCGGCAUAUGCAUAUAUAUAUCUACGAUACAUACAUAUUAUGAUGUAGCUCUAGAUUACAAAAAUCACACAGAAAAAGCCCCGCUAAUGGCAAAAACAAAUGCAGAGGCCCAAAAUAAUACAAAACUUCGAGUUCACAUUCAAAUCUUGUCUAAUUCUAAUCGCGUUCUGUUAACCCUCGAUUUACGAUUUAAUGCUUAAACUUACAUUCGUACGUGUAAUAUUUAAAAUGCAUCGUUAAAUGAUAACUAUACCUAAUGCAUAUAUAAUAAAGAUACAUCUUAAUAAAGAAA